GAGCGCUGGAGGAGCGGGACAGGGCUGGCAGUGCCCAGAGCCCAACAUGCUCUUGUUUGAACAUCGGGUGGCUGAAAGAGGAUGCUUGCUGCUCUGGCUGCUCCCGUCUGUUCUCAGAGCCCAAUCUAGUGGGGAGACGAGGCCCAGGUCCAUGCUGUGCCAGCAGAGCCUCACAAAGGUGUCUUGCAAAGGAGUUGGCCUGCGCAAGUUUCCAAAGGAGCUCAGCCAAGGAGUUAAGUACCUCGAGCUCUCCAACAACUUCAUCCAAAACCUGUCAGGCACCUACAUGCCAGGGUUUGGGCAGCUUGAGUACCUGGAUGUGUGCUUCAACCAGCUGGAAGCCGUGUCAGACACGACCCUGGCUCAGCUGCCCGAGCUGCGCUUUCUCCUCCUGGGAUCGAACCACCUGGACCGCAAUUACCUCGCUAAUGGGCGAGCCUUUCAUCUGCUCAGGAAUAUAGAGGUCCUGGACCUGUCGGCAAAUAAUCUGGAGAGCCACAUGGCAGGCUGGUACAUCAGCAACCUCACCAGGCUGAGGAUUCUGGAUCUCUCCAGGAACAAGAUGACCAGCCUGCUGACGGAUAUCUUCUGGAGCACGCCACGGCUGCGCAAGCUCGACCUCAGCAACAACUACAUCAUGGAAAUCGAGAAGGGAGCUUUUGAGGCUCUGGAAGAGCUGGAGGUGGUGAACUUGGCUUUGAAUUCCCUCCACUGUAUCUCUGGCUUCAGCCUCAUGCAGCUGCGAGUUUUAAAUCUCAGCCACAACGCCCUGGAGCUCUUCGUCUCAGAGGAGGCAGCGGAACCCUACCUGCUUCAAGUGCUCGACUUGAGCCAUAACAGACUCCUUUAUUUUCCAGAGCUCCCCAAAGCCCAUUACCUCACACACUUAAACCUCUCCAACAACCUUAUUGCUUCCCUGCUCCCAGGCUCACGCCAUCCGGGGGAGUUUGUACUGCACUACGAGGAGAUGGCGAGGUUUAAUAGGACUUCGCGUACCGCGGCCGGUCUGACACAUGUAGCUGACUUGGAUCUCAGCAAUAACCGGCUGCAGCUGUUCCCAUUUACCUUCUUCCACAGCCUGGGCUCUCUGCACAGCCUCAGUCUGGCUAUGAACUGUCUCCAGGACGUAGCUGGGGAGUCGCUCACCGAUGGCACGGAGCCCCGCGACCGCACGCCUGCGCCGCCGGAGCGCGCCAACCUCUCCGUGCGCUCACUGGACCUCCAUGGCAAUGCCAUCCACGUGCUGCCACGCUGGUUUUUCGAUUCUCUGCCUCAGCUGGAAACGAUCGAUCUGGGCUCCAACAACCUCCAGCCCUGCGAGAGCCAGGGGAGCGACCAGGGAGGGAAUUCAGGAGGAGGCACCUGCACCCCCUUCUACAACGUGCCUCACUUGAAGCAUCUGAGUCUUUGCAAUAACAACAUCACCAGGCUGCAGCCCUACGCCUUCAACCGGACCUCGCUGCUCUCCCUAGACCUGUCAGGGAACAAGGGCUUGUUCGUGCCUAAGGAAGCCCUGGGGGGGUUGGAGUUCUCCCUGCAGAAACUCUCUCUGAGGGGCAACCAGAUGGACAACAGCAAGACAGAGCUCCCCUGCCUGGACACGCUCAAAGUCUUGGACCUCUCGGGCAAUAAUUUGAGCCUUUUGCCCGCAGGUCUUCUCUGCUCCCCGCUGGAAAGUCUGGACGUUCGCAAUAACAACCUGCUGAUGUUGGAAAAGCUGGCGCUCGUGAGCUGGUCCCACAGCCUGAAGGACGUGUCCGUCGCUGGAAACCCCUUCAGCUGUUGCUCGCUGGCCUGGCUGGACGUGCUGCAGGCAGCCGGCGUGGGCGUGCGGGACCUGGACGAAGCCCUCUGCACCUACUGGGACGAGAGCAGGAACUUCUCAGCCAAAAUAACCAGCAGUCCUUGGUGGCUUUGUCCACAUCCCAAGGGCACCGGCUCGCUGGCUCUGCUCGUGGUCGUGAUGAGCCUUUUCUUUCUCAGCUCUGGGGCUUGCUGCCUUCUGAAGAAAGGACAGAAGUCACCGGAGCGCGUGGGACUCCGGAGCAACAGGGUGGGGGUCUUACCCCACCACCCCAAAAGAGAGGAGCCAGCUGAGGUGAAGCCAGCAGACAGCAUCACCAAAGUGUAGCCCA